AUGGCUGUUAAGACUCAACGCGCCAUCAUUGGCGGCCCUAGCAAUAGCGUCUAUGUCUGUGCUACCGCUCCCCUUCCCGAUGACCAACUGCAAAAUGACGAAAUUGCCGUCGCUGUCAAGGCGGUGGCAUUGAACCCUGUGGACUCGAAAAUGGUUGGUCCGUUUGUCACCCAAGGUGCAACGCUUGGCUUCGACGCUGCGGGCGAAGUCACCGCUGUUGGAGCCACAGUCAGCAAACAGGGAAACCUGAAAGUUGGCGAUCGUGUUGUUGUCGCCAUCAACGGCAUGAACUCCAACCGUCCCAAGAUUGGUGGUUUUGCAGAGCACACCGUCAGCUACUCCUGGGGUGCACUCAAAAUUCCUGAUGACUGGAGCUACGCUCAGGGCGCUGGAGCCAUGGGUGGAAGUGCUUGGUUAACCGUUCCUUGGGCUCUUUUCCAUACUAUGGGACUACCAGCUGGACCAGAAUUUGAGCCUCUUAACACUCACAGACCAUCUCCGACCGGACUGGCACCGAAGCUAAACAUUCUUACGAAGCAUAGCCCUGGCGAUGGAUCUCGCCCAUUGACAGCUGUUUUGGUCAAUGGUGGUGGAAGUUAUACGGGAACAUGUGCUAUUCAGCUGUUGAAGCUUGCCGGCUACAGGGUACUAGCAACAUGCUCCCCACGCAGCUUCGACUUGGCCAAGUCGUUUGGCGCAGAUGCUGUCUUCGACUACUCUUCUGAUACUUGCGCAGACGAUAUUCGCGCCUACACAAACAACUCUCUCCGUCUCGUUCUAGACUGCAUCUCGAGCGUUGAUACUAUGCGCCUGUGCUACGCCGCUAUGGGACGUGCUGGCGGCCGAUAUGUGGCAUUGGAUCCGUAUAGCGAAGACAUUGCUACUUCUAAGCCUCUUAUCCGUAACAACUGGGUUGUUGGCAUGGAGCCUUUGGGCGAUGAAGUUGGAUGGCCAGCACCCUAUGGUCGACCUGCGAAUCCCGUUGCGUUAGACUUUUGCAAGGCGUGGAAUCCCACUAUGCAAGCCCUACUCGACCGCGGACUCAUUCGUAUGCAUCCGCAGAUCGUACGAAACACAGGAUUGGAUGGAGUACUUGAGGGUCUGGAAGACAUUCGCACCAAGAAGGUAGUUGGCCAGAAGUUGAUUUACACACUUUAG